AAACAGGGGAAUUGGGGUCAUGUUCACCAGUUCCAUAGGAUGCUGUUGGGAGUAGUUGAGGCCCUCGGGGCCCUUGUCCUGUUGUUCGUAGUUAUUCUUUACUGGACGACCGCGAAGCUGAGGUACUGGAAGAACCGGGGAGUACCUGGACCCACUCCUGUGCCCCUCAUCGGUAAUUUCGGUGGAGUACUUUUUCGAAGGGCGUCCAUCGCCGAUGCAAUGAUGGAACUGUAUAAAAACUGGAAGGGCCCCUUCUUCGGGGUUUACAACGGCCACUCCCCAGCUCUCGUCAUCAAAGACCUGGAUUUAGUGAAGAACGUGUUGAUCAAGGACUUCAACGUCUUCUCGGGUCGUGGAGUAAAAAUUAAUGAGGAGAUUGAUCCACUCGCUGGUCAUCUCUUCAACCUGGAUGGGCCCAGGUGGAGAUCCCUGAGAACUAAGUUGACUCCUGUCUUUACCAGUGGAAAACUCAAGCACAUGUUUAAUCUGAUGCUUGAGUGCGCUGAUCAUUAUGAGAAGUAUCUCCUCCAGGAGGGGAGCAAGGGAAAUGUCGUGGAGUUCAGAGAAGUAGCUGCUAAAUUCACAACUGAUGUCAUUGGAUCUUGCGCUUUUGGUAUCAGCAUGAAUGCCUUGUCCAGGGAAGACAGUGCCUUCAGGGAUGCUGGCAGGAGACUCUUCAAGUCCAGCUACUGGACUAUUCUCAAGAGAAUGCUCAGGGAAGCUGCACCCAAGGUUUUUGAGACACUCAAGGUGAAGGUGAUACCCACAGAUAUCACUGAAUUCUUUAUAUCAUCCGUCAAGGAGGCCAUGGAGUUCAGGAAGAGGGAGAAUGUCAUCAGGCAUGAUUUGGUCGACACUCUAAUGGAAAUUGAAAAGACCCACGAUAAUAAGGAGUUUGAGUUCACUGAGAGUCUCAUGUCAGCGCAGGCAUUUGUAUUCUUUGUCGCAGGUUUCGAAACCUCAUCCACUGCCAUUUCCUUUGCUCUUCAGGAACUUGCUCAUAAUCCUGAAGUUCAAGAUAAAUUGAUAGAAGAAAUUUUGGACACUGUGAAAAAAUGUAGGGGUGAAUUGUCCUACGAAGUAGUAAAUCAGAUGAAAUACCUCGACAUGGUUAUUCAAGAGUCACUGAGGAAAGAUCCACCUGGCAUUACUUUAACUAGAAGCGUCUUCGAACGCUAUACUCUACCUGGAACGAGUAUUACUCUUGAACCUCGAACUAAAGUCACCAUUCCUGUUCAUGCCAUCCAUCAUGAUGAAGAAUAUUAUCCAAAUCCGGAAGUAUUCGAUCCUGAGAGGUUCUCUGAGGAGAACAAACGCAUGAGACAUCCAAUGGCUUAUCUUCCUUUUGGAGAUGGGCCGAAAAAUUGCAUCGGCGCAAGAUUUGCAUCGUAUCAGGUGAAACUGGGUCUGAUAAAAGCCCUGAAGAAUUUUCGAGUGAGGCCGACGAGUCUCUCACCAUUUCCAUAUGAAAUUGACAAAGGAAGUUUUAUCCUCGCACCUGCAGGAGGAAUUCACCUGAGACUGGAGCCCAUCGAAGAAAAAUAAUUAACGUCAGUAAAUAAUUGAGCAAAAACCGUCAUUUUAUGAUUUAAUUCUCUAGAUGAUAAUCGACGAAUCUACAGACAAUUAAUUGUUUAAUUGAUGUUCUCUAUUGCUGUCAAUGACGAAAUAUUGAAUAAAUAAGGCGCACUGGA